AUGCCCACCUCCAAACACUCUUUCCACAUCCACCGCGACCAAGUCCACCUGAAAUGGACCAAGAAACAACCCCCAGCUUUGACAGUCUCCCCCGGCGAUAUCGUCACCUUCGACUGCAUCGACGGCUCCAACUACCAAGUAACACCACAAUCGACCUCAGACGCAAUUCUCAACUUCGACGUCUCUCUCGCCGACCCAGUCUUCGGUCCAGUCUACGUUAACGGAGCCGAGCCGGGAGACGCGCUUGAAAUCGAAGUCGUCGAGUUACAGACGGCCGAUUGGGGCUGGACGGCGAUUGUGCCGAAUUUUGGAUUGCUGCAGAAGGAGUUCGAGGAGCCGUGUUUGAAGAUUUGGAAACUGCCUGAAGGGAGGCAUGAUUCUGUUAAUGGGGAGGCGAUGACGGGGGUUGGGAAUAGAAGAUCAGAGAGGUUGGCUGUUUUUAACGAUCAGAUUCGCAUUCCGUUGAGGCCGUUUAUGGGGACGAUGGGGGUGGCGCCUGGGGAUGAUGGGGAGUAUUCCACGAUUCCGCCGCUGGAGACUGGAGGGAACAUCGAUUGUCGCCACAUCACUGAAGGAACUCGUUUGAUACUGCCUGUGCGAACUCCCGGGGCGCUAUUCAGCUGUGGCGAUGGCCACGCAGCGCAAGGAGACGGCGAGGUCUGCGGAUCCGCAAUCGAGACGCCGAUGAAAGUGACCUUACGGUUUAGCGUACUGAAGAACCACGACUGGGUGCAAUCGCCACAUUUCCGAAGUCCACCAGAAUCGGAAGGUCCACGACGAGUUCUUCCAGACCGAGGCAGCUAUUCGACCAUGGGAAUCGAUUCGGAUCUCCUCGAGGCGAGCAGGAAAGCUGUUCGUGCCAUGAUUCAGUAUCUUGGCAGGACGAGAGGAUUAUCCCGGACGGAUGCGUAUAUGCUGUCUUCGAUUGCUGUGGAUAUGAGAAUCGCUGAAAUCGUCGACAUGCCGAACCACGCAGUGACCGCGACGCUCCCCUUGAAUAUCUUUGUCGACGAGGCGAAUGGGACUACAUGCUCUGACCACCCAUGA